AUGUCAUCAGCUGAUGAGUUAGAAAAACUUACAGUAACACAAUUAAGAGAAAAACUUAAAUCUUAUAAUUUACCAGUAACUGGAACAAAAGCUGUUCUUAUUAAAAGACUCCUAGAACAUAAUGAAGAAAGUUUAUUAAAAGAUGAUGAAGAUGCUCAUUCAGUUAAAGAUAUAGUUGAUUUGGAUGAGGAACUUCUUAAUGAUGAUACUGUUAAGGAAAUAAAAAAUGGACAAAAAUCUGAGAAUGGUACUACUAUUGAAAGUAUUGAUGAACCAAAAAAAGAAGAAAAGAAGGAGAGUAAUAAAGAGGAAGAGGUUAAAAAUAGUGAAAAUACCAAACAACAACCUUUAGUUAAAAAAAGAAUUAAUGUUGAAGGAGUUGUUGAAUUAGAUGAUGAAAGGAAAAUGAAAUUAAAAAGAGCAGAAAGGUUUAAUCUUCCAGCAGAAAAUGUUCUUACUGAUGAUGAGAAGAAAAAACUAAGGGAGGAACGUUUCAAAGAUGCACAACAACAAGAAUCACAGACUUUACCUGUAGAUGAUAUAGAAGCAAAAAGGAAGGAAAGAGCUAAACGUUUUGGAAUACCUGAAGUUUCAGUUGAAAAAAAUUCUACAUUAAGUAGUGUUAGUGGUAAAAAAAGAAAACAAAUAAAAUUUGGUGGUGAAGUUGAGAUUGAUGCUGAUAAACUAGCUGCUAGAGCCAAGAGAUUUGGAAUAACAACUAAUACAGUAUCUGAUUUAGAAGAAAAAAAAAAGAAAAGACUUGAGAGAUUUGGUUUGAGUACGGCUUGA